AUGACUGAAACGCAUUCUGUAUCAACAUCUAACCAUAUAGACAAUGAGAAAACCCACGAAGCGGUGAUUACAAUCCACGAAGGGCAAAUUGAACAAGAUAAUCCAACAGGAUACGAACUUUAUGAAAAAGCUCAAGAUAUUUCGACUGAAGAAGAUUUAGAGAUUUAUAAAAAAGUGUUGCGUAAAGUUGAUUGGAGGAUUGUGCCUUUACUUUGUAUCACUUAUACAUUGCAAUUUUUGGAUAAGUUAUCAUUAAAUUAUGCUUCUGCUUAUAGUCUCAAAGAGGACUUGAAUCUAGUAGGACAACGGUAUUCGUGGGUUGCGGCAAUUUUUAAUUUCGGUUAUUUAUUUUGGGCUAUCCCUGGUAAUUACAUCAUACAGAGACUUCCAGUUGCCAAAUACACGGGCUUCUUGUUAUUUACAUGGUCAAUAAUUUUGAUUGGGCAUGUUGGAUUGAGCAACUAUGGCGGUGCAUUAGUGAUUAGAUUCAUCUUGGGGAUGUUUGAAGCCAGCAUCAGUCCAUCGUGUAUGAUAAUUUGUGGACUGUUUUACACGAUCAAACAGCAACCUAUGCGCAUGUGUUUAUUUCUUUCAUUCAAUGGUGUUGCCACUAUGGUUGGUGCGUUGUUGGGUUUCGGAUUGGGACAUGCAACGCAUGCUAGUAUCAAACCGUGGAAAUUGAUUUUUUUGGUUAUUGGAUUGAUGAAUCUUGUUUGGUCAGUGGUUUUCCUUUGGCUUUGUCCCGAUUCCCCAGAACAUGCCAAGUUCUUAACGGAGGAGGAAAAAGCGGUCUUGGUUAAACAUAUUGCUAGUAAUAAUCAAGGUGUCAAGAAUAAAAAAUUUGAAAAACAUCAAGUAGUUGAAGCUUUACGUGACACUUCGGUGUUGAUGAUAGCUGUAGUUGGAUUAGCUUGCGGUGUAAUUAAUGGUGGAUCAUCGAACUUUAUCUCGGCUUUAAUUAAAGGAUUCGGAUUCACAGGUAUCCAGGCCACGGCAUUGCAGUUGCCCUUGGGUGCCAUUGAGUUGGUGUUUGUUGUAGUGGGUGGGAUUAUAACCUUCACCAUUAAAAACACUCGAUGCUACGUAUUAUUUGGGUUUUGUAUUGCUCCAUUGGUUGGCUUAAUCGGCAUCCACACUAUUUCGCUAGACCAUCGAUGGUCUUUAGUUGGAUGUGCAUUUCUUCAGUUUAUAGUUGGAGGACCGGUGAUUAUGUGUUGGGUAUUACUCAAUGCAAACGUAUCAGGAAGUUCCAAACGCACAAUAGCAAAUGGUAUAUGGUUCUUGUUGUAUGCUGCUGGCAAUAUCAUUGGUGCUAACAUCUUUUACACCAAUCAAGCACCCAAAUAUAAUAGUGGUGUUAUUGGACUAAUAACUUGUUAUUGUGGCAUUAUGGUGUUGGCAAUAGGCAUAAGGUUGGUAUUGAUGAGAAGAAAUAAGAUAAAGAACAAGUUGCAACAUGACCAAACGGAAGAACAAAAAGAGCAAGCAAUAUUGAAUGGGUUCUUAGGGUUGACAGAUUUUGAGAAUGAGGGAUUUAGAUACUCGUUAUAG